AUGAAGUCCAGUGUCAGAAUAAUAGCGAUCAUGAGUGCCUGCGGGAUUGUCAAUGGAUUCGUGGGGCCAACUAUACCAAUCACCCCGUUCCUGGUAAAACAGGGCUCUUCUUUGAGUACACGACCUCAUACCAGCUACCAACAAUCACGUCAUUCACAACUACACGUCCUAUCAGAGAAGGAUUUGGCCGAUUCACCAUCACUAAGCAGCACAGAUCCAAAUGGGGCAGGAUCCAUUACCAUGAGCUCGGAGGAUAAGAUUUUCUCUACCGCAAUUCGAAGGACUUUGGCAUGUGUAGCAGCAGCCGCAACCUUUGGCACCGGCCUUGGUUUUGCCUUUGGUUCAACUACCUCGGAAGAGUUUUUUGCGGGAUACCUUCUGGAGCUUUCCCUUUCUGUUGACAACCUGCUUGUAUUCUUAUUGCUCUUUGAAUACUUUCAGGUACCCAUGAAAUAUCAAAACCGUGUUUUGAACUAUGGUAUCAUUGGUGCUGUCAUGAUGAGAGCCAUCAUGAUUGGCGCAGGUGCUGUGGCGAUUCACCAGUUCCACGCUGUGUUGUUGGUCUUUGCCGGAAUUUUGCUAUUCAGCUCCGGCAAAGUGUUGUUGGGAAGUGAUGACGACGAGGAAGAGGAUUUGGCGGAUAAUGCCAUCAUCAAGCUUGCCAACAACUUUAUCAAGUCAACCCCUAGCUUUGAUGGCAAUAAAUUCUUCACUGUGCAAGAUGGAGUAAGGCUUGCAACCCCAAUGUUGCUUUGUACCAUUGCUGUGGAAUUGAGUGACGUUGUGUUCGCGGUCGACAGUAUUCCUGCUGUCUAUGGAGUCACAGAGAAUCCAUUGGUGGUGUUUAGCUCCAACAUGUUUGCCAUUUUGGGACUUCGAAGUCUCUACACCAUUCUUUCCAAAGCUGCUGAGGAAUUGGAAUACCUCGAGACGUCAGUUGCCAUCAUCCUUGGCUUUAUUGGAUCGAAAAUGAUUGGCGAAUACUUUGGGUUCGAAGUUCCAACCGAAGUAUCGCUUGGCGUUGUAUUUUCAUUGCUGGCUGGAGGCAUAGGCUUGUCCUUGUGGGAGCAAGGAAAAGAAGAAAAAGAGAGUUAG